CCGGCGGACCCCGCGGCGGGGGGGGCAGCGGCGGCAUGGCCGAGGUGCCGCGGGCGGGAGCGAGCGUGCCGGUGGUGGUGGAGCAGGUGGUGAACGACACCCUGGUGGUGACGCUGAGCCUCGGCGAGCGCCGCUUCACCGGCGUCCUCAUCGACUGCACCAAGAAGUCUGGCUUGUUCUGCCUCCCGUCCUCUCUCCCCAAGCCCGAGGACCCUCCUGCGGACGCCUGCUCUAACGGGGUCGCUGCUGGAGCUGCGGUGCCGGGGGUGCCGGAGCCGCUGCCCGCUGCAGAGAAGCCGCCCCCAGGAGCCGGUGAUGAGCAAGUGCCGCCGCUGCUGCCCCCGCCCAGCCUCCCCCCGUACCCCCCGUACUUCGAGGGCGCCCCGUUCCCACGGCCGCUGUGGCUGCGGCACACGUACCACCAGUGGGUCCCGCAGCCGCCGCCGCGCACCAUCAAGAGGACGAGGCGGCGGCUGUCGCGGAACAGGGACCCGGGCAGGCUCAUCAUGAGCACCAUCAGGCUGCGGCCGCGGCAGGUCCUGUGCGAGAAGUGCAAGAACACCCUGAACCCGGAGGACGCCAGUGCCAGCAGGCAGAACGUCAAAACCAGGAGGAAGCUGAGCAUCCAGGACAAGGAGCAGAAGAAGCACGGCGACGCUGACUACAUGGAGAAAAGGAACAAAAGGGAGAAGAGAGAGGAUGACAAGUUCUCUGGGGAGCUAGUGCAUCGAACGCCCGUCAUCAAAAUAUCCUACAGCACUCCACAGGGGAAGGGCGAGGUCGUCAAAAUCCCUUCCCGGGUGCACGGCUCGGUGAAACCCUUUUGUGCAGAGCUGACCGUGCAGAACGGAGGGGAGGACCAAGAGGAGACCAGGGACCCCGAACGGUGUCGAGAAACCAAAUGUUUCCUGGACAAGUCAGCAGGCAGCCAGCUUGCUUCCAUUCCAAAGCUGAAGCUCACACGGCCAGUGCAUUCCAGCGCGGAUGUCCCGCCCCCAAAGAUCCGGCUCAAGCCCCAUCGCAUCAGUGACGGUCAGAGUGUUUCAAUCUACAAGGCAGAACUGAUUGAUGAAAUCAAUGUCCUUCAGAACAGCAGGGAGUCCAACCCCGGCGCCUUCUACAAUGACGAGUCCACAGACAGAAGUUUAGCUGAGGUGUCUUCAGGGAGUUCAGGUGAAGAUGAGGACUUUAAAAGGUUUCCCCAAGGUAAAGAUGGACACGAUAACUUGGCUUUCCUUAUGAAUUAUCGUAAAAGAAAAGCAGACUCUUCUAGCUUAUCGGUGUGUAGUAACGACAGUCUGGACGAGUCCAAGUCUUCCAGUUCAGAGGUAACAUCGCCAGAGAUGUGUGACUUUCUGCCUGGGGAUGAUGCAUCCGUCUCCUCGUCUUCAAAAGAUGAGCGUAAAAUGGUGCCGCCGCUGACGGUCCGGCUGCACACCCAGAGCGUGUCCAGGUGCGUCACAGAGGACGGAAGAACUGUUUCAGUGGGGGAUAUAGUUUGGGGAAAGAUUCAUGGGUUUCCGUGGUGGCCAGCGCGUGUUCUUGACAUAAACCUCAGUCAGAAGGAGAACGGGGAGCCCUCAUGGCGAGAAGCUAAAGUGUCCUGGUUUGGGUCUCCAACGACUUCGUUCUUGUCUGUCUCCAAACUCUCUCCUUUCUCUGAGUUUUUCAAACUGAGGUUUAACCGCAAGAAGAAAGGGAUGUAUCGGAAAGCUAUCACAGAGGCUGCCAAGGCAGUGGAGCAUCUGACUCCAGAAAUCAGAGAUCUCUUAACACAGUUUGAGACAUAACUUUGCCUCCAGUAUCAGGAGAGGCAGACGUGGGAGCUGGUUCUUUGUGAGUGCCUCCACGUGUGCUGCAAGCAUGGAGGGGGCUGGGGCUCCCUCUCAUCAAACAGUCAAAACUUUGCCCAGGGUGAAAACUUGGUACCUAAACACACAGGAUGUGGUGUGAGCGGGAACAGAAGCACAUCUGGAGUUCCAGGUGGUGCUGCCUCUACUGCAGUGCUCUUGAAGUCCAUGUGGAAAAUCCAGCAGCUCGAAUGGGAUCUGGAAGCAUUCCACAACCUUCCAGCCAUCACUAUCUGGACAAGACCUCAUCUGUGAUACUGCUGAAAAAAGCGGAGGGAUUAACUCCUUUCUGAAAACCAUAAGUAAUCAUUAGGAGUCUUGUUCUCAGAGGUCUUGUUUUAUACAGGGGGUUCGUUAUGUUGUCCCCCAAAUCUUUCUGCUCCUUUUCAUGUUUGAAGGGCUGUGUGUACCCAAGCCAGCACUGCUCCUGUGUAGGCUGUUCUUUAUCUAAGCAGUGGGACUGUGAUCAUCAGUGCUCAUGUAAUCCUGGACGGAAAGAGGACUUUUUUUGUACCCUCUUUCAUGGGACUUCACCACUUGCUUGAGUGUAAUGAAGGACUUGGCUUGCUCGAGUUACUGCUCCAACUCAGCAAGUCUGGGUGUAAGUGUGGUAUAUUCAUCCUGUGUGCUCAAGGUGUCUGGAAAGCUGGACAUUCAAGCGAGUAAAAAUGUAACUGCGGCACCAGCAUUAAGCUUCAUCCUUAAUCUUGGCCCUUCGAAGGCAGCUUAACUCUGGGUAAAGACUUCAUUAUAUCAAGAGCAUUUGGAUUGCACCCAAAUUCCUACUAGCUAGAUCUGGAGUAUAAAUAAACCUGAUGCCCAGAA